AUCAUCAGAAAAAUGUAACAAAAAACACCCCAAACUGCUUUUUUGUUCAUCUUUUAGAAAUUUAGUUAAAACUUUUGGACAACAUUCCUGUGUUUUGAUGAAACGACACAUGAACUCUGUUGCAUCUGCAUCAAACCUGGAGAGCACCGUCAAUGAUUGUGGGGGAUCCAGAGUGAUCAGCUGCUUUAUGAUCGAAAUGACUGUGAAAAGUGAUGGAAUCAGCUGGUUCCAAAUGAUUCUAGUAAAUGGAACAUAUUUUUUCUAAACAGACGUGAAAAACCAAAUACUUGAUAGUUUUGAAGGUUUUCAUUUGACAAAAUCAAAUGUUAUAUUUUCUAGAAAUAUUUACAUUUUCUGCACAUAUGUUCCUGUGAUAUUGACAUCUGUUGGUUGAUGUCAGUCAUUUCUAACGCACAAAAACGAAUUAAAUCAAAACCAAGAAUGUUAUUUUCCAAAGAGGCCUUUAAGUGACAGUUGUCUGAGCUUCCUCUCUAGUCUAAAGGGACCACAUCAACCCUUUUUAUCCGCAUUGCUGUAGGUCAGAUGGGUUUGUUGGUGGGGGGUUCUGAAGGUUCUUGGCACGGAGCUGUGGACCGACAGGCUGCGCGGGUGGAGGAGCGAGGAGGCAUCACGUUGACAGAGAGGCAGAGGAGCCGAGAGUGUGAAGAUGCCAUGAUGAGAUUCGCGUUGGGGGAGGAGCGAAGCUGCAUCUCGGAACCAGACUGCGUGGAGAGCAUCACCAUCCGAGCCGGAAGCCCGCGCUCGCUGAGGAACCAAGCCCGCCGCACGCCGUGACGGACUGCGCCGCAGACGCCACCUGCGGGGACGGGCUGGAGAUUCACCGUUUUCCUCUGCAGUUUUUGCUCGUCACCGUCGGAACCAGAUGUUCCAACCCGGUCCUGACCCGUGCUGUUUCACGCCGUCCGGCCCCUGCGGACCCUGAGCCGAAGGAUGCAGGUUAAAAGCCAGAUCUGCGCGGAGAGGAGCAGCACUGACGACCCGGAGCAGGAUGACAGCGAGAAGAAGACCUCGUGUUUUUCCAACAUUAAGAUCUUCCUGGUGUCGGAAUGCGCGCUCAUGUUGGCGCAGGGCACCGUGGGCGCGUACCUGGUGAGCGUUUUAACCACUCUGGAGAGACGCUUUAACCUCCAGAGCGCUGAUGUGGGAGUCAUUGCUAGCAGCUUCGAAAUUGGCAAUCUGGCCCUGAUCCUGUUUGUCAGCUACUUUGGCGCCAAAGCCCACCGGCCUCGCCUGAUCGGCUGCGGCGGGAUAGUCAUGGCGUUAGGAGCGCUAUUGUCAGCUCUGCCAGAGUUUCUGACCCAUCAGUACGAAUAUGAGGAAGGGGACUCGUGGCACGCCGAAGAUGGCCGGGAUGUUUGUUCCAACAAGUCCAGGUCAGAAAAUCAAGACUCUGGGUUUAACUGCGCCAACCGAGCCAACACCAACAAGAUGUACCUUCUGCUGAUUGGAGCGCAGGUUCUAAUUGGUAUUGGAGCCACACCCGUCCAGCCUCUGGGAGUGUCCUACAUCGACGACCAUGUCCACAAGAAGGACUCAUCGCUUUAUAUCGGGAUCUUAUUUUCCACGUUAGUGUUUGGCCCCGCCUGUGGCUUCAUCUUGGGUUCAGUCUGCACCAAAGUCUACGUUGAUGCCGUCUUCAUCGACACUAGUACACUGGACAUCACCCCAGACGACCCUCGCUGGAUCGGGGCCUGGUGGGGCGGCUUCCUCCUGUGCAGUGCCUUACUCUUCCUGUCGGCCCUCUUCAUGUUCGGCUUCCCCCAGGCUCUGGACGAGGAAAUGGAGGCUGGAGGGGAGAGCGAGCAGGCCAUGCUGCCCCCGUCUUUGAGCCAGGAGUACCGGGGCUCCAAGUCCAACGGCAGCUUUGACAUGAACAGUGGGCUGUCGGUGUGGCAGCACCUCCGGGUGAUCCCGCGGGUGACCAGGCACCUUCUGUCCAACCCCGUGUUCAGCUGCAUUGCGCUGGCAGCCUGUAUGGAGAUUGCAGUGGUCGCUGGCUUUGCCGCCUUCUUGGGGAAAUACCUGGAGCAGCAGUUCAACCUGACCACCUCCUCAGCCAACCAGCUGCUAGGCAUGACUGCCAUACCCUGUGCCUGUCUGGGCAUCUUCCUCGGGGGGCUGCUGGUGAAGAAGCUGAACCUGUCAGCUCUGGGGGCCGUCCGCAUGGCCAUGCUGGUUAACCUGGUGUCCACCGCCUGCUACGUCUCCUUCCUCUUCCUGGGCUGCAACACGGGACCGGUUGCCGGGGUGACGGUGGCCUACGUCAAUGAGACGCUGCAGACGCAGCAGCCGCUCGAGUCGCCGUGCAUCAGCAACUGCAACUGCUACACGGCAUCGGUGAGCCCCGUCUGCGGGUCCAACGGAGUCACCUACCUGUCCGCCUGCUUCGCCGGCUGCACCAAAGCGAACCUGACCAGCUGCACCUGCGUAUCCAGCAGCAGCGAGGAGGCGGUGGCUCUGCCGGGAAAGUGUCCCAGCCCCGGCUGCCAGCGGGCCUUCCUCACCUUCCUGUGUGUGAUCUGUGUGUGCAGCAUGAUCGGGGCCAUGGCUCAGACCCCCUCUGUCAUCAUCCUCAUCAGGACUGUGAGUCCGGAGCUGAAGUCUUACGCCCUCGGAGUUCUGUUCCUGCUUUUAAGGCUGAUAGGCUUCAUCCCUCCCCCUCUGAUCUUCGGGAUGGGAAUCGACUCCACCUGUCUGUUCUGGAGCUCCGUCUGCGGCGAGAAAGGAGCCUGCAUGCUCUACGACAACGUGGCCUACAGGCAUCUGUACGUCAGCAUCGCCAUCGUCCUCAAGUCGUCGGCCUUCGUCCUGUACGCCACCACGUGGCAGUGUCUGAGGAAGAACUACAGGAAGUACAUCAAGAACAGCGAGGGCUACCUCACGCCCACCGAGCUGUUCGCCUCCAACGUGACUCUGGACAAUUUGGGCAAAGAGAUCAGUCAGAACCCGACCAGCAGAACAAAGUUCAUCUACAACCUGGAGGACCACGAGACCUGUGACAACAUGGAGUCGGUUUUAUAGUCAUUCACGAUCUGAUGUGAAGCGCUGCAAACCGUCAGAGCAUCAUCCUCAGCGAGGUCCGGAUCUCCACCUCAUCCCAUCCUCCACAUUUACGUCAGAUCUUUGACGGCAGGCUUGACGUCGACAGCAAUAAAGGAAGAGGCGGUCCUUCUCACAAACCAAAAUAAAAGUCCCCCAUCGUCGUAAGAGCCGAGCUUUAUUAGACAGGUUACCUCCCUGUUGUGUUUCUCAGGUUUGAUUACUAGAAGAUUACUAAAAGAAUGGAAGUAAAGUAAUUCUAAUACAAAAUAUAAUAUGGGUUUAAAAAAAACUGCACAUUUUCAUAACUUUAGAAAUGGAAUCAGAAAGCAGCAAAAAAUUACCCGAAGUGAUGCUGUUUUGUGAUUCUAUCAGUGAAGAAUCAGUAGCGACGUUUAGAUCAACACCUUUUAACAAGUGACCCAAAUCAAAAGCAAAAGUGACUUUCCUUAUGGAGGUCGUGUUUUGGUAUUGGAGACCAACUCAACUUUCAUGUUUUAGGCGGUUCAAUGGUGCGUUGUCCGUUCAUUUGAAUCCCCUCCUGUGAUUUUUGUUAAGAGCUAUUAUUCAAAAACAUUGACUAUAUAUGAGAACUGGACUGAGUUCCAAACAGGAAGUACCUGCUGGUUCCAAAAAGCCAAAAUCCCAUAGACUUCUACGUAGAAAUAAACAGCUAUUACUAUUUUCUCUUGUAGUGCAAGUUAUUCAAGUUGUAAACUGACCAAUUAGAUGCCUCAAUAAAAGUAGGUGGAGCCUGCUGGGCCCCACGUUCAAAACGUUUUCGUGCAGCUCGCUUUCAAGUGUGGACUUCCAACAAGUUUAGGUAAUUGGCAAAGGGGGUUGCCAUAUUAACAAUCACUCAGACCAAUUUGGACCAAUCACUGCUUACUGAUAACGUCCAGCUCCAAACAUGGCGUCCGUAUCGCAAAAAAAAAAAAAA